AUUUCUCCAUAAUUAAAUUUGUGUUACAAUCAAUAAAAAAAAUUAUGUAAAAAAAAAAAAAAACUGCCAAAUAUCUCCAAAAUCGAAUUUGUUAAAAAAUAAUAAAAUAUAAUAAACUAAUAAAUCUAUUUUUCUAAUUUCAAGGAGAAGGAAACAAACCUUCAUAAACUCCUCCUCUACCGUCUCUCUAUAAAUAAACGAGAAGUUCACAAAAUCCACUCUAAUAACUAUGAAAAAAUUAGGGUUUUAAAUUUCCUAAAUCUCUCCGUAACCAUCGAUCAAAACGAUGCUCGAGUGUGAAUCAAUGAUGGAGAAAUUAUCACCGUUCAUGGACAUCGCCUCUUUGGAAAUCGAGUCUCUACGAAGAAUCAAACGCCCGAAACGCUUCUCUGAAGAAUCAGAAACCGAGACGAUGACUUCAUCAAACGCGGUUUUCGGAUUCCCUCACUUACCAGAAGAACCAAAUCGCGAUUUGGAUCAAAGCGUUUUGUGUAGAAUCCGCGUUCGAUUACCAGAUGGGAGAAGAAUACAGAGGAGUUUCUUAAAGAGUGAAUCUGUUCAGCUUCUUUGGUCGUUUUGUUAUUCGCAGAUUGAUGAAUCUGAGAGAAAGCGUUUUAAAUUGAUUCAAGCGUUUCCUGGGGAAUAUAAGAAUCUUUAUUUUGGAUCUAAUACGACUUUUGAAGAAUCUGGGCUUGCGAAUUCUUUGGUUUCGGUUACUUGGGUCUGAAGAAGGUCUUUGUUUUUUUUUUGGAUUUGUGUAAUUAGAAAAAAAAAAAUUGUAGCGAUUUCUGCUUUUGUUUAUGUUUACUCAAUUUCUUGAAUUUGUAGUUGGAAAAUUGCAAAUUUUUAUGAGAAAGAUUGGUUUCUUGAUUAGUUU